AUGGAGGAGAUCAUGCGACACAUUCAAUCGGACUGGAAGGACAUGGAUGGCGAUGACUGCAUCCCAGUCAAGGUUGCCCUCAGGCUCAUGGACCCCAGCUCCCUCGGUUUGGCUGAUAAAGAAGGUGACUUCGCUGAUACACAUGUUGAUCUACAAAAGAGCUUGAAGACGGUGGUUAACGAACAUUACACCGAUUUCAACAGUGCCGUCGGAACUUAUCAUAAGAUUCAGAAUGCGAUCAGGGAAAGCCAGAGUCGAGUGAGACAACUCAAGAGCGGUCUGAUGAACGUGAAAGGGAGCAUGUUGACUACACGGCCCGAGCUGAGAACGCUUGCCGAGCAAAGUGGGGAGCUCGACGAUAUGAUCGUCAUGUUGAGCAAUUUGGAGGCUUUAAAACUGAUACCAACAAAGUUGGAAGAGAAAAUCAGCGAGAAGAAGUUUCUUGGAGCGGUGGACUUGUUGAUGGAGAGUCUUAAAGGCAUCACUAAGAGUGACUAUGACGGUAUUGGUGCCAUCUCAGAUCUGAGAAGCUAUUUCACCAACCAGGAAGGCACGUUGCUGGAUAUUCUCGUUGAAGAGCUCCACGACCACCUCUACUUGAGAAGCCCCUACUGCAAAGACCGGUGGAAGGGAAAGAGCGCUACAGGAGAAGACCGGGAUCCAAAAGAUCAUCUCCUGGGUGCUGGUGUCAACCCGUGGGAUCGACCAUUCAAUCAUUAUUUGACCAAUGCUGAUCUCACCACUCCCAUGGUGGAGGAUGCUUCCAAAAAUCCAGAGGCUGAUACCUUCUAUUACAUUCAUAUGAUCGUGGAAUCUUUGAAUAAGCUCGGCCAAUUAGGUGAGGCAAUUUCAAGGAUCGAGCAACGUAUGCCGAUGGAGCUAUACAAAGUGGUUGAAAAGACGAAUCACGAUAUCGAUGCUAAAUACCCCUCCCAUCUAAGGGGACAGACCGCCAAAGGUGGUAGGAAAGUCUUGUCUCUCCACGUCGAUGAUGGUAGAAACCAAGUGUUGUCAGAUUUCCUGUGGACACUGUAUUCAAAAUUCGAGGCGAUAGCCGAAUCUCAUCGAGUUCUGCAUGAGGUGGUAAGUGGCGUCGUCUUCAGAGAAAAGCUGCCGAAACCCGAGCGUUACAUCGGGGGCUUUAAAGAAUUGUGGAAGUUAUACCAGAUGGAGAUGCGCUCAUUGUUACAUGACUAUCUUGCGACGAACGGUGACAUGACUUUACGAUCCGGCCUGACCACCACAAGCAGUACCGACAUUUUCGCUCGAUCGCAGCGAGAUAAAAAUAAAAAGAUGUUCAAACUGUCGGAGAUGGACCAGAAGUCAGAGGCUAUGAAAGCGGAAGAAGAAGAACUUGAUGAGAUCCUCAAGAGCUCCGUUCCUGGAUUGGUGAGCAAAUCGCGGGCGAGGAAUGGAGCCGAUCUCCUAUCAGAUCGUGGUGGUCAGGAUAGCACCGCAGCUGGCCACAAAUUGCUAGUUGAACCCGGCGUUUUCAACAUGACCGUUCUAUUGGCUCCAUCAUUGACGUUCUUGCAGCGUCUUAAGGAUGUUGUCCCAUCUACCUCGAGUAUCCCGAUGAGCACCCUAACAUCCUUCCUCGACGACUUCCUGAUCAAUGUCUUUCACCCUCAACUUGAGGAUGCUGUGACAGAGCUCUGUGCACAGUGCAUGAUAGACUUGGAUGCCUUCUCUGAAGACACUCAGUGGUCGAAACAUUCACCACAUCCCAUCUUUAAGGGUACAAUUGCCUUCUUGGGGUUGGUGCGUGCGUUCUCAAGCAUGCUGAGUGCUAUUCCACAAGAUCAAAUCUUUACGCAGCUCAUUAUCAAUCAACUUGUUACUUACUAUGACAAAUGCUUUGGCUAUUACAAGUCCCUGGUCAGCAGAGUCGCACCGUCGAAUGCCAAUCCGAAUAUCAACACUCUGUCGCUCAAAGCAGCUGCAUCGUGGGCAGAAUCGGGCGAUGUACACGACAUCGCCGUUCAAGUACUAAAAUACGACCGGACCAGCAGCGACGGACCCCGCCUACCAGAGCUCAUCACCAAAGAAGUCCAAGCACUCCUCGCAGCCACCAAAGCCAACCCGCUCUCAUCCUACGACAUCAUAUCUGAUCCAAAAUCAGUUCAUCAGCUCUCGCUGCUGUUCAAUAGUAUGCAGUGGUUAUCUUCAGCCUUGUCACAGCUCCGCCAUGUCGAUGCGACAGCCUCUCAUGGACAUACACGAUCAGCCUCUCAAAGCAGAAACCCUCGUCGCUGGACAUUAGUGGCAAGCCUCCGUUCACCGAAUAAACUUCCCACUCAUCCAGGUGCUGUCGUCCCCAUCUACCUCCCUCUAACUUCAGAAACCGCCAUUCCUUUCGAUCACACAUUGACCUCGUUCCGCACCCUCGCCCAAACUACAUUAUUGACCCUACAUAUUGAUAUCCGCUGUGGCAUUAUUCACCAACUUGGCCGAACACUUGACUCUGGCCUGUACCCAUACGUCCUUGCAUCUCUACCAAGCUCCGCCUCUCCGCUCGUUCUGGAACUCAAUAAUGACCUCAUCGCCUUCGACUCUAACAUUGCAAGCUAUCUCGGCAUGAAGGAGCAGAACUUCAUUCUCCUCGGGCUUGCGAAGCUGGUUGACCGCUACCUCGUCGUCGCAGCGGAUUCCAUCGGAAGCGACACAACCGACACCGCUACAGGCCUAGGCAUUAUCUCCUCGGGAACCACACCGUCUUCAUCGACGCCAGACAGCGACGAACUCGACGCCGGCAUCCUGACCUCCUCCUCACGCUACUACGACCUCUUCCUGAGCGGCCCCGAGUCAGUGAUUCAAUACAUCAAGGACACGAAGGCACAGCAGGGCCAUAACAAGGAAGUCGGAUACACCUACGAUGAGCUCCGCACGCUAAUAGAGCUUUGGUUCAGUGCGAAGCUCAGGGGCGAGGACCGCGAAGAGAGCAUCAAGGCCCGCAAACGUCUCCAGGAGGUCCUGCUCGAGCUGGGCGAGGUCAUGUGGGAUUCUUGA